CAUUGCCUCAUCGCACGUCGCUUGCUGACGCGAACCCAUCGAAGAACUGGCGAAAAAAGCAGGGAUGUUGCACUGCCAAUUGACAGGGUCUCGAAGUCUCGAAGUCGCUUGUUCGUGUUCGAUCAAAUGAAUAGCUGAUCUGUGGCUGUUCAGUAUUCCUUUCGCUACCUUGUAAUUUCCUCAAAAGCCAAAAUGUCGAGACCGCAAGUCGAGGCAGCGUCGAAAGCGUUCGGCGAUACGCUGUUAGGAGCCGGAUUCGACAUUCUGAAGUCGAAAGCAGGAGACCAACACCCAGCAGGACCACCUCAACAUGGCACUAUGGGACAGGCUGAACGAGCCUUCUCUGCUGCAUCGACGUUUCUAUCAGGAGUAUUGGCUAUAAGCGCUUCUCAAUUCAUUGGUGCUCCCCUAAAGCUCAUUGAUCCCAAAUUCUAUGAUGGAUAUAUGGCUUGGACAAAGGAGUCUUUCGCUGUACUUACUGCGACCAUGACCCAAUGGUGGGCACCUACUGCUGUUCGAGUUACUGGAGAUGAGAGCAUGAAAGACCAAUUGUAUCAAAUGGAAGAUGGAAGUCUUCGAUGCAACUUCCCCCAUCGAAUUGUCAUGAUGGCCAAUCACCAGCUUUACACUGACUGGCUAUACCUCUGGUGGAUCGCCUACACCAACAAGAUGCAUGGUCGCAUCUAUAUCAUCCUGAAGGAAUCUCUGAAAAAUGUUCCCAUCUUUGGCUGGGGUGCACAGUUCUACAACUUCAUCUUCUUGUCGAGAAAGUGGGAAACUGACAAAAGUCGCUUCCAAAGGCAUUUGAGUCAGCUCAGCGACCCGAAGGAUCCCAUGUGGCUGUUGAUCUUCCCAGAAGGCACGAACUUGAGUGAGACUACUCGGGCAAAGAGUAAGGCAUGGGCAGAUAAACAAGGCAUCAGCGACAUGAAGCACCAGCUCCUACCUCGCACCACUGGGCUGCAGUUUUGUCUGCAACGAUUGAAGGAAUCGACAAACUGGUUAUAUGACUGCACGAUCGCCUACGAGGGUGUUCCAGAAGGACAAUUUGGACAAGACAUCUUCACUCUCCGCUCCUCGUUCUUCGAAGGUCGUCCACCAAAGUCUGUCAACAUGUACUGGAGACGAUACAAGAUCAGUGAGAUCCCGAUUGACAAUGACGAAGCUUUUGGUAGAUGGCUUAAGAAUCGCUGGACCGAGAAGGAUUACCUACUGGAGCACUUCUACCGCCAUGGAUCUUUCCCCGCAGGUUGUCCGAUCAAGGCCAUGCAAGCAGAAGCUGCAUUGCAAAAGCUUGCAAAUGGCAACAGCAACGGAGAGAAGAAGAAAGUUAUCAAGCCCGUCAACAAGACUGCCAAGUUCAUCACGACUGAAGUCAAGGCUGGCGGAUGGGAAGAGUUCCUCGCCAUCUUUGCUCCCAUUACCGCGGCGGCAACGGCACUCUCAAGCGGAGAUAUAGCGCCUGGAAACAUCGACUUUGACGCUUUACUCAACAAAGUGGCUCAACAGCAGCAAUUAAAUCUGCUCACAGCAGGUAAAGCACCGAAAACGACACAAUCAACCGAAGACAUGCGACAGGCUCUGACAUACGCUGCAAAAUCAGGGGGUGGACAGCAGAUCAAGGGAUCGACGAUAGAGAAGAUUACCAGAGAUGCUGCUCGGACUCAGAGAGAAAUACAAGAAUCCAUGGGAAAGCAUCCCAUGCCGGAAGGAUCCAAAAGGCCAACAGCCGGACGAAACCUAGAUCCUACGAUGAAGAACACGAUCGAAAACGUACACGAUGAGACGAGGCGACGACUAAUGAAAGCCUCGCAAUCAGCAUCUCCAAAGCCUGCGCCAAAUGUUCGAAAGUCGUUACCAAUGACCCCUGUGGAGACCGCCAUCACGCGACCCAUCUCCACGCUGGCAAUGCAAAAGGCCAAACAGGGUGUUCAGAAGAUUGCAGAGAAUUCACAGAAGCAACGGGCAGCGCCUGUCGCGAAGAAGGCAGGAACUUCAGGUCCAUCGACUGCAACAAAGCAGCCAGCCCAGGCGUCGUCUGCUACCAAGAAGACUGUUACACCCAAUGGUACCAGCGCAAGUAGCAAGACCGCCAGCGCAAAAGUCCCUCAGAAAGCAGCAGCCAAACCGGCACCGGCACCGGCGAAGGCGAAGAAGCCAGCGACAUCUUGAGAGAGCAUGAGCCUCGAAUUGUGAUGUUGAAUAUCGGUAUCAUGCGGACAGCAUUUUACAUGUCAUACGGAUACGUUUCUCAGACAUCGGAUGAUUGCGAUCGAUCCUGUGCGCCUGAUAUCGAUUCUCUAAUUAUUGGAGAGACUCACGAUUCUCAGCGAGAACAUCGAUCGGGAAGGUCGUCUUUCAGAAGGGUUCUGAACCAAGACGGCAUAUGAAAUACUUGAUUUUAGCAUCUGACGUAGUUCAGGUCAGGGCGGUGGUUCACGCGUUCCGAACAGCAAUUGCCUAUUAGAGACUGAUAGAACAGUUAUCGGAUAGGUUAUCGAGCUCGCUUGUUGGCAUAAUUAGGCGGGAUCGACGUUACUAGCGGCAUCGUAUAUACGAAAUUUAU